AUGGGUUCUAUUGUGAUUAACGGAGAGAAUGUGGAAACAUGUCCGAAACCGAAACGAUCGCUCCUAAAUCUGUGUUGUUGUCGAAGUAGUAGAAAUUCAACAAUAAUAUUGAAUCCAGAUCCACAAUCUGGUCAAGAUUAUCAUUAUGUUGUGAAGAAAUUGAUUAUUAAACGAGUACCGGUUAAAAAUCUGAUUUCGUGUGAUGAAACAAAUGUAAAUACAGAAAAUAACAGUUUGAAACCGAUUGUGUUUUCUUCGUAUUGUCAAUCAUCACCGGAAAAAUAUGUUUUGGGCAAGAAAGAUAGCGGUAUUAUAAUGAAUACAGAUUUGGUUAAAAGAAAAAAAAACAUUGUACCCAUUCAUUUUACUUGUGAUGCUGGUGGUGAUAACGAUUACGAAGAAUGGUGUAGAGACACUGAUUUAAUUUCUCCGAAUAUUCAAAGCAACUCAUCGUUAAAAGAUUCGUUCACAGAAAAUGGAAAAAGUCACAACGACGAAGGAAAAUACCUAUUGAAAAAAAUUGCAUCCGAUUUGUCAAAUAACAAAGACGUAAAAUGGAAAAUCAUUAUCAAACAAAAUAAAAACAAAUCAGCAGAACCUUCAAACAAUUUGAAACGGGAUAGUCUCGAAUGUAAAGACAUUUGCAACUCUGAAGUGGAUACCUUUUCAUCUUUCAAUUAUUAUUCAUCGGAUUAUUGAUAAUAAAUAAUAUGCAUUUAUACGCAUAAUAAAUUUCCAAUCAUCUGUUUUUGGAAAUAGCACUAGCUUUUUAUUUUGUUGUCAUUGGGUUCGGUUGCAUUUAAAAAGCCAGCAUUACAAAUCUGAAUUGAUUUAUAUUAAAAUUACUGAUGCUUAUAAGGAUAGGUACAUGUUUUAAAUUAAACUUUUCGUUCAUA